AUGUUCAGGACGACAUUGACUCCUAGGACUCUCGCCAGGUCAUACAUCACACCCUCUUUAGAACAUCUAAAGAAAGGGGCUGGUUUGAAGGGUCUGUUCUCAGAAAAAGGGCUUCAAACGGCUUGGUUUGAUAGAGCUGAGUUCUACACGGAAAAGUUGAACAAGAACUUAAGCCAAAGCGAGGAAAAACCUCUUGAAAGUAUCGUCCAUGAAAGUGCUAAAUCUGCUGCAAAGCGCGACAUUUUCAAUCAGGCCUCCCAACUGUACAACCUAAGAUUUGCAAUGUCCUGUCUACACGGCAAUGAUCAACCUACGAUCACACAACGACCAGGCCCGGAGGCGAUCUUGGAAACUCCCAAACUUGAGCUAAAUUUCAAAAACGACCCUAAAGAGACGGGCAACGAAAGAUUGAGUUCAGCUGUUGCCUCGUCCUUCGGUUCAUUGAUAGAAUUCAGAUCUCUGUUACUUAACUCAAAUAAGGCAAUUUCCGGCGAUGGAUACACCUGGCUUGUGGCUAGGAAAGUUACCGCCUCGCAAAGGGAAUCUUUGGUGUCUGGGAAUGUGGAAUUUGAUUGGCUAUACGUUUUAAACACCUACAAUGCUGGUUCCCCUUUCAAUUUCAACAAAGUAGGACAUAUCAACGACUUGAAGAAACAGUUAUCGAAGCUAAAACCAGUUGAAGAAGAAGAAGAAGAAGGUGAAACAAACCCACUUCAAAUUAAAUCAGUUCAAGAGGCAAGAGAUUCGGAAUCUUAUAAAUCCACCACAUACGUGCCCCUUUUAGCUAUAGAUGCCUCCCCCAAGGCAUGGCUAACAGACUAUGGUGUAUUCGGUAAAGACUUGUACUUGGAAAGGGUAUGGGAGUCCAUUGAAUGGAAUCUGGUGGAACAGCGCCUACCUGCCAGAGCACCAAAUUACCAGCUGACAUAG